AUGGAAGAAAACCAGCCUACAGGGGCAACAAUCAGGAUUGCUUGCAAUAGCGGUGUUAAGAACACUGUCUUAUCGAAUGCACGAGGCAUUGUCGCGCUCCUCUCCAAUAUGGCACGUGGAGAGGGCACGGAAGAAACAUCAAUUCUGAUCAAAAUCGUUUCUAUGGACAUUUCGCGGAUCCGGCACUAUGUCAAAGAUUUGCAAAAUUGCCUCAAGAAGUCGACUUUUUCACGCUCAGAGCUCAGUCUCCGUAUUACCAAGCAUCAGAGUGGCACCUCGUUUCAGCCUUUGGACUCUUUUUUCGAAUGGCUGGAUUAUAUCUCUGCACUAGGAGAAUUGGAUUGUGAAAACACAGAGUCGUUAGUGCAGUUUCUUCGACACUCCCAGAGAGCAAAACAUGACUAUGCAGACCUCCUAAAUGCCGCUUUUAGUACAAAUGCGGGCCAUUUGGAGAAAUGGGUAUUGAUCAUACUCAAAUUGGGGCGCUAUGGAAUUGCAUCACGGGCAUUUUUCCAGAUAGUGAUUGAAUUACCCGCUUUGUUCGACCCUAUGAACGUCGAAUCGGUGCCGGUCCGAGGAAAGACGCCAAUCUAUACCAGAGAGUUAAAUCUUGUCCGUGUUCUACGGAGGCUUGUGGGCUCAAAGGAGGACGAGUGUCUGCGUCGUCUUCAACAUAUCUGGAAAGGGAAGGGGGAUCCGCAAAAUUACUUUUUACACCAGUGCCCGACCCAUCUCACUGUUCAUGCCGAGCUACAGCUUGUGGGCUUUUACGAUGAGAAUCCUGAGCGUAUACCGUCUUUCCGUUUCAUUGGAGUGAGCAAGAAAUCAUGUUAUCUCUGCGACAGGUUUCUUGCUCUUCACCCACUCUCAUUUACGACUUCGGCUUGCCAUCAAAAGCUCUAUUCCACAUGGGCUACUCCUUCCACGAGGAAUAACAAAUCCUACGACUUGUAUAAGUCAAUCGCAACAAAACUAAUAGGUAUUAUGGAGGUUUGUAUCAAAGAGGAACUGGACCGACGACCUAAUUUCCACACAAACUUGUACCACCCGAUUCUUCCGCAGGAGUUUCGCUUUCCGGCAUAA